AUGCCGGGGUGGGGUAAAUCGCCCCUGCGGCUGGUACAAGCUCUGCCAGCCGCCGGGGCUGUCCCCAAGCAGAGGGACCGCGACCCAGAGCUGCCCGCGGGAUCUUCCCCAGGAAGGCGGUCGCUACGCUGUGGGUCCUCCAGCAUGGCAGGAGAGGGAGGUGUUCAGACGCAUUUUGCGGGACAUGGGAAGAAACGCCGGGUGGGCGAUGCCCGGGGUUCUGCUCCAAACCGCCCGCGGGAGCUCCGAUCGAGCGUGACCGCACCGGAGCGAGCCUCCGGCAAAGGGAGCACCGGAGCGGGGGGCGGUCAGCGCUGCCCAGGCGGGCACACGGUGACCUCCCUGCGUGGGCAGGAGGCACAAGUGCCACUCGACGGCGACGUUGUCUUUGACCGGCCGCAGUGCCCGCUGCCAGCGGCACCGCGCGGGGGGCAGGAAAACACGGGAGAGGCGGCUAGAAAAGUCAAUUUUGCGGGGUCGGAUCGCCAUUCCCUCCCCAAAUCCACGAGGAGCGAGACGGCGGCGUGCAAAGCCCCGAGCCCGGGGGUCUGCCAGCAGCGCCAGGAACAGGAUGAGACCUCCGGGCAGCGCGGAGUGGACGGAUACGCGUGUGCCCACGGCCCGGGGAGUGAAAAGCAAUUUCGGGACGUGGGGUCGAACCGUCGGGGUGAGCGUGGCGCCCGGGAGGGGCCCCCGAAUGCUGCUGGGGCUGUGAAACGGCCCCGAGCCUCACGCCCGCCCUUCCCGGUGCGGCUGCACAGCGCCAGCUCGCCGAACAUCCAGCACGGCGCGGCUACCGCCGGCGCGGCGCGUCCCGGGGAUUUACCGGGUGCCGAGGAUUUAUUGAGUCCCGGGGCACCACCCCCUCCCCGGGGAAUCACCUCCCCGACGGCAUCACCACCCCGCCGGGUCAUCACCUACAGCGUGUGCACCGCCCCCCUCCCCGCUGCACCGUGUCCGGAGCAUCACUCCCCUGGCGGCAUCACACACAGCCCUCCCGGUGCUCCCGGACCCCCUGUGCCGCACGGCUACCGCCGCUGCACCGCUCCCCCCAACCCACCCCGGGGCAUCCCGCCCUCCCGGUGCACCGCCCGUCCCGGGGCGGUGGGAGGGGGCUGGCGGGGGCGGGUCACCCCCCCGCCGUUACAUAAGGGGUUACGUCAGGGCGCGCGGCCACGCUCUUAUCCCACCGCCGCCGCCGCCGCCGCUCCCCCACCCCGCCCAUUCACACGCCGCCGCGCAGCGCCCGGCCCGGAGCCGCCGCCGCCGCUCCCCAGAGGCCGAGCCCCGUCGCGGCGGCCGCCGCCCCCCCCCGGCGCCGCGGUGGUUCGCCCCGCGCGGCCGCGAUUGGCCGAGCGCUUAAAGGGGCCGGCAGCGCGCGCUUUUCCGCCCCGCGGCGCGGCCGCGGCAUCGGCGCGUGCCCCCUCGCCCGCGCGGCGCUGCCCGGCACGCGGGGCGGGGGGGGCCAUGGACGGCGGCCGCCGCGGGACACAAAGGACGGCGCGGCGGCGGCGGGCGACGCGGCGCGGGGCCAUGGCGGCGGCGGCGGCGGUGGCGGGGCCGGGCAUCGGCGGCGGCCCGCGGUACAGCCUGCUGGCCGAGAUCGGCCGCGGCGCCUACGGCGUGGUGUACGAGGCGGUGUCGGGCCGCAGCGGCGCCCGGCUGGCGGUGAAGCGGAUCCGCUGCGACGCUCCCGAGAACGUGGAGCUGGCGCUGGCCGAGUUCUGGGCCCUGACGAGCCUCCGGCGGCAGCACCCCAACGUGGUGCGGUUCGAGGAGUGCGUCCUGCAGCGGCACGGCCUGGGGCAGCGCAUGAGCCACGGCAACAAGCGCAGCCAGCUCUACCUGCGCCUCGUCGAGACCUCCCUCAAAGGUGAGAGGAUCCUGGGCUAUGCAGAGGAGCCUUGCUACCUGUGGUUCGUCAUGGAGUUCUGUGAAGGGGGAGACCUCAACCAGUACGUGCUGUCCCGAAGGCCCGACCCUGCCACCAACAAGAGCUUCAUGCUGCAGCUGACCAGUGCCAUUGCCUUCCUGCACAAGAACCACAUUGUCCACCGGGACCUGAAGCCAGACAACAUCCUGAUAACUGAGAAAUCUGGCACUCCUGUGCUCAAGGUGGCCGACUUUGGGCUGAGCAAAGUGUGUGCUGGCCUGACCGCUCGGGGCAAGGAGGGUGGGCAUGAGAACAAAAAUGUGAAUGUGAACAAGUACUGGCUGUCCUCAGCCUGUGGCUCUGAUUUCUACAUGGCACCCGAGGUGUGGGAGGGACACUACACUGCCAAGGCUGACAUCUUCGCCCUCGGCAUCAUCAUCUGGGCCAUGAUUGAGAGGAUCACUUUCAUUGACGCCGAGACCAAGAAGGAGCUGCUGGGGACUUACAUCAAGCAGGGGUCUGAGAUUGUGCCCGUCGGGGAAGCGCUGCUAGAAAACCCAAAGAUGGAGCUGCACAUCCCUCAGAAACGCAGGACUUCCAUGUCUGAGGGGAUCAAGCAGCUCUUGAAAGACAUGUUGGCUGCUAACCCACAGGAUCGACCUGAUGCCUUUGAGCUUGAAACCAGAAUGGACCAGGUUACAUGUGCUGCUUAAAUUCAGGGCAGGGCACCGCUGUGCUUUGCAGCUGGAUUUAUUUACCAGGGACCCAUAAUCUCCAUUAUUUACGUGCAACAAGGAAAUCAAAGAUAAGGGAAGAUGAUGAUACAGAAGAUCCCUGGUCUACAGGAUCUCUGGCAAUGUGAAAUGUUUGGGUGUUACUUUUUUGU